AUGGCGACAAUUCGACCGGUCAGCCCUAACUCGGUAGACUACAACACUGGAAUGGCGACGAUGAACAUGAACCGCGCCUUUAGACCGCAGCCCUUUCUCUCCGAUCGACGCUAA